UUUGGCUUUAUUAGUAUUUUUAUGCGAGGGUUAUUAUUCGAUAACAAGAUACUUUAUCAAUUGAGUUAACUUUUUAAUUCUUAAAAUUAUGAAAUGUCAUAUAUUAUGCUCAAUUUGUGCUAGUUUUGUGCAAUUUCAGUGUCCUUACUGAUAAUUUUAUACUUCUUGUAGCUGUGAGAAUUUGGAAUAAAAUAUAGAGAGAUGAGGUUGGAAUUACCAAAUGAUGUGUUUUUUAAUUGGUUCAUGUUGACAUUUUGCUUUCUUAACGUGGAUAGUCAGGGAAGUUUGAUCCUUUUAACUUUAAGUACAUGUGAUAUUCUAUGAAUUAUGAAAGAGAUGAAAACUCCGUAACAGAUUGUAUAAUUUAGUGGUUUAGGUUCAUAAUUUGGUAGACUAUGCAGUAUAUAAAUGUAGGGUUUCGCUUUGAUAUUACUAUUAUAUUGGUAGUUGGCAGUGAUAAUGGCUUCAAAUUUGUUUUCUUGCUAUAUUCUAAGGAGGUAGGACAACUCGGGCUGGCUUGAUUUGGUUCAUUGAGUCAAUGGUGUUGCUGCUAAAACCAAAGUUCAUCUUGCAUAAACUGGUCAACAGGUAUAGUCUUCGUUUUAGGAUAUGCUUUACUUAAACUAGCAGUAACCAUGUGCAGAUGCCUCUCAGAUGAGAAACAUAAUAAACAAACAAAGAGAUUAUGAGAGUUAGUGCAGGUUCUCUGCCUUCAUUUUGAAGAAUAUGUUAUAUCUUCUAAGCCACAGCAAUUUUUUCCAAGAUCUAAUUCUGAUGUUUGAAACCGAAUUUCUUUUCCACUUCUUUCACAGGUUAUUCUAAGGAAAAACUUGAUAGAAUUUCCUUCUGGCCUUACAAUUUGAAUGUUCACUUCCAUGGCAAAUAGUCAUAAUACUUUUAUGAGCUUUCGUUCUCUCUGCUGCAUCAUCUUCAUUCUCUCAGUUUUCUCAUUCAUCUCAUUCCUCUAUUGGUGUCAUUACUCAGGGCCAUGCUAUUUCCGUAAUCAAAUAAUGGAGCAAAAGCAGAAUCAAGCUAUUGACCUCCUCACAUUCCCUUCUGCAUGGAAUCAUCUUCAUUUUCCCUCAACACCACCUCCUAAACUUCUUAAGAUUGCACUCUUUGUCAAGAAAUGGCCUCAUAGAUCUCAAGCAGGUGGGCUUGAACGGCAUGCCUUGACCCUCCAUCUUGCCCUUGCCAAAAGAGGCCACGAGCUUCACAUCUUCACCACUUUUCCCUCAAACACCUCCUUUCCAAGAUACCCAAUCAGCAAUUUAUAUUUUCACCUUUCAAAAGCUACAGCUGCUGGUUAUCUGGACCAAGCUUCAGUUUGGAAGCUAUUUCAAACUCAAAACUCAACUGGAAGGCCAUUUGAUAUGAUCCACACUGAAAGUGUUGGGCUCUUGCAUACGCGAUCCCAGAAUGUGACUAACUUAGCUGUUACUUGGCAUGGGAUUGCAUAUGAAACCAUUCAUUCUGACAUCAUUCAAGAGCUUUUGCGGCAUCCUGAAGAACCACAGGCAAAUGCAUUAACUCAAAGACUUAUGAAGGUUGUUGAAGAGGUGAAGUUCUUCCCAAGAUAUGCCCACCAUGUAGCUACAAGUGAUCAUGUUGGAGAUGUCUUGAAGAGAAUCUAUAUGCUUCCCGAAGAACGAGUUCAUAUUAUUCUCAAUGGUGUAGAUGAGGAGAUUUUCAUGCCAGAUGUUACCAAGGGAAGGGAAUUUAAGCAAAAGUAUGGCAUUCCAGACUCCAAGUCAUUGGUUUUGGGGAUGGCUGGGAGAUUAGUAAAGGACAAAGGACACCCACUUAUGUUCGAAGCUCUAAGGGAAAUGUUUAAGGAAAAUGAUACAUUUCGGGAAACCAGUGUUGUUCUUGUUGCUGGGGAUGGUCCUUGGGCUGUUAGAUACAGAGAUCUUGGGGCAAAUGUGCUAGUCAUGGGGCCACUGGAACAAGCUCAACUAGCAAGGUUUUAUAAUGCUAUUGAUAUUUUCAUAAACCCAACUCUUCGAGCUCAGGGAUUAGAUCAUACUCUGUUAGAAGCAAUGAUUUCUGGUAAGCCGGUAUUGGCAACAAGGCUGGCCAGCAUUACAGGGUCCGUGAUUGUUGGUACCGAAAUGGGCUAUACAUUUUCACCAACUGUAACUUCAUUAAAAACUGCCCUCUAUCAAGUUUGGGUUGAUGGCAAGGGAGUUCUGGAGAAGAAAGGCCAGGUUGCUUGGCAGAGAGGUUUGGAGUUGUUCACAGCCACAAAGAUGGCUGCUGCAUAUGAGAAGCUAUUCCUUUGCAUAUCAAAUGACGGGAACAACAAGGACAAUUAUUGUCAAUACUACUCUCCAUUCAAAUGAAAUGGUGACUUGAUCCUCAUAACCAAUUUUGAAAGAGAGAAUGGAGCAACAAUUGUAUGAAGUCACUUUGCUUUGUUUGCAUUAUUCUAUUUGGGAAAAGUUGGGGAGGAGGAAGGGGAAGGGGAAGGGGUAUAUCACAAAGAUAUGGAUGGUCCAAAGAAGUUUGUGUAUUGACUUUAUAAAGUUUAACUGUGGUUGUGAGACUGCAUUGUUAAGAGGGAGCAAAGCCUGGUAAUCAGGAAAUCUAUGUCAAAAGGGGAGAGGCUUGUGAUGAGGCACUUGUGCAUUAGUAGUUUUAGGAUGAUAAUGAUGGAAGUCUCUAACAGAUGAGGCUUUAUGUGAAGAAGGUGAGGCAGAACCUAAGCUUUGACUUGUUGUAUAGUUAUGUUUUUCCAGACUUUCUAGUACUAAUUAAAUCCGAAGGAAGCUGUGACCAUUCCUAAACAUUCAAGGUGCCAAGUAACUGGGUUAUUACUCGUUUUUGUGGAGGCUUUGGAUACUACAUAUAAGGUUCAUAUAUUCAUGGAAGCUACUAUGUCAAACUGUAAGUUCAUUAUUCAAGCUUGCCAGUAGUGAGUGUGAUUAUAUGCAUCUUCAUCAUAUGCCCUACGACAAACCAGUGGAAUAUGCAAGUUCUCUUCUCUUUUUAGAAGUAGGUUUUUAAUAGGUUCCACAAAAAGUAAAACGAUGUUUAUGUUUGCAGAACUUGAUAGUGAAGAGCCAGUUAAUGAGAAAUUUCAAAUUAUAGGGAAUGUUUAGUCUGCUGUGAAGUACUUGCUAUUCAAGUAUAACACUUAUUAAUGUUGGAAUGAUCCCUAGCAGCCAAUAACC